AUGGAACCACUAACGGCUCCCGACCCGGAGAAGUUCUCCAAGACCUUGGGGCUCGUCUUCCAAGGAUCAAAUCUGAAUGGAAAGAUAUGGGUGUUUGCUGAAGAAGGCACAAGAUUCUGUGCUGAAUGCGACACGGAUCAAGUUCUUCAUGGCCGGGUCGAGUCCCCUCGCCUUGUGGGACACAUUGGCAUUUCAGCGGUUUAUGCUAAAUGCACAAGGGGCGAAAGGAUCCAUUUGUGGGACAAAAUGAGGGAAAUUGCUUUGGCUACUGAAGGCUCGCCUUGGAUCAUUGGGGGAGACUUCAACACCAUUCUUUCGACGGGCGAUAGAGUUGGUAGUGACACUAACCGACAAGCUGAAAUGGUGGACUUUGCGGAGGCUAUUGAAGAUUGCAGAGUUCUUGAUCCGGGGUUCGAUGGCUCGGAAUUUCUAUGGGCCAAGAAUGGCCUUUUCGAGAGGCUCGAUAGAGUGUUAGUGAAUGAACCUUGGGCACAAUGCUUUGAAGCGACUAGAGUAACAAACUUACCUCGGGUUUCAUCGGACCAUGGCCCCGUGUUGGUCCGGUGCAGAACCCCACGUACCCACACUGAGGGCAGGCCGUUCCGUUUUCAAAAUAUGUGGGUUAGGCACGAUGGUUUUGCUGAUUUGGUUCGGGGUGACUGGAGCCAACCGACCGGGGCUGGAGGACUUCUCAAUCUUCAGAUUAAGCUUGGCCGAGUUAAGAAAACCCUUAAGGAGUGGAAUAAGGCUGUCUUCGGGAACAUUCAUGACAACCUUAGGGAAAUGGAGGAAAAAAUCGCGAUGGCCCAAGCAGAAUUUGAGGAGAGGCCUUCCCCGGAUAACAGGGCAGAAGUUAACCGUAGCAUUGCCAUGUAUAUCCGUCUUCUCAAGAUGGAGGAGGACUUCUGGAGACAAAAGGCGGCCCUUAGAUGGCUUGCGGAGGGCGACAAGAACACCAAUUUUUAUCAAAGCUGGGUCAAACAAAAGAGAUUAAGGAUGCGCAUCCACAAGAUCAAUGUGGGGGGGAGAGAACUCACGGAGGAAUUGGAGAUCAGGAACUCUGCCGUGGAUUUCUUCCAAAACCUCCUUGCCCUGGGACCCCUCUCUCUCCUGGAGCCGGAUUUGGGCUUGAUUCAGCGCCUCUUACCUUAG